AUGCACACACAAAUAUUAAGCCAGCUGAAAGGAAUUAAAGAAAGGCUAGCAAACUUGGCAGCACAAAGAAGGUGUAUUCCAAACACUCUAGAAGAGUUUUUUCCUUUCGGAUCAGCAGUAGAUCUUCUAAGGAAAAUAGAGAACGAAGAGAAUUAUCUGUACGUGGAGGCAGCCAAGCUAAAGGAGAAGCUUUCCCUGCACAGCACAGGCCCCGGAAAGACAUCUCUCUCUCCGGAGGUGUGGACUAUGAUAUACCCUGAAAAUCUUUAG